CGCUCCAUCUGGGCUCUACUUCCCCCAUCGGAGCGCCUCCUCUGUCUCGGUUUUCGCUCGACCGCUGGUUUCCCGCCCAGGUGUUUGCUCACCUAUAAAUCCUGCCCUCCGCCUGGUCAUCAUGACAGCCUUUAAUUCCACUCAUACUUCCAUCAAGGGAUGCUCAUCGACGGUGAAAAGUGGGCCUGUGAAGCUUGCGUUCGCGGUCACCGUGUGACUACCUGCAAGCACCAUGAUCGACCACUAAUUCAUAUCAACCGAAAAGGCCGUCCGUUUGCGACCUGCUCGGUCUGCAAUUGCACACCUUGCGAAGCGCCCGAGGAUCACGCCAAGCUCAAGCGCGAGGCCGAGGCCAAAUGUCAAUCAUCAAAAAGAGCCGCUGGCAGAUCUCCUCGUUCCACCUCGGUGGGCUCCUUGAAGCCCAUCGCACCGCGCCCAGCACCGUCCACCGGCGGUAGCGGUGCUGAGGCCAGUCGUGUCUCACACUCUCCUCCAAGUCACGGGGCUGCGGCGGCGGCGGCGGUUCGCCCCAGGGCCACCAUCUCCUCGAGCCCACCGUCUCAACUAUACCACCAGCAGCAGCAGGGCCUCAUGCCUUCAGCCACGAGCCCCAACGGCGACAGCCCUCUGUAUCUCCCGCUCCACAGCUCCGGCUCCUACGCCUCCCCACCCUACUGCACGAUGGUCGACAUGCCCACCUCACUGAGCAUGGUCAACCCGCUCGACGAGCCGGGGCUCUUCGAACCUGGCGUCUCCUUCGCCGAGAGCGCCGCCGCCAUCUACGCCCUCGAAGACCUAGACGUCAACUCCCUUCCCGCGGACGUCUUCCAGGGCGACUGGUCGUGGCUGUCGGAUGAAGCCGUCCUGAGAGACACGGUAUAACAUUUGCAGACGGGCCGUCGCUCUCACCGACGGGCCCGUCGACCUACC